CUUGCAUCAUCUUCAUCAUCAUCAUAACACGGAAGCAGUAGACGGAGGGGGGCAGGAGCGGCGCAGACGCAGGGAGGGAGGUUCAGACAGGUGAAAACAGGGGCGAAGAGACGCGGAGAGACGAAGGUAGACAAAGGUGCAGCGAGGCGAAGGCAGGCAGGUGAAGGACGACGGAGAGAGCGAGCACCAUGGCGCUGAUCCCCUCGCAGGUUCUCCGGGUCGCCAUCCUGCUGUCGUACUUCUCCAUCCUCUGCCACUACAAAGCCCUGGACAUGCCGGCACAGCAGACCUACGGAGGCAGCUGGAAGUUCCUGACCUUCAUCGACCUGGUGAUCCAGGCGGUGUUUUUCGGAGUGUGUGUCCUGAUCGAUGUGUCCAGUCUGCUGACGAAGGGGGGCGACAGCAGGGAGCAAGAGCGGCAGCUGAGGAAGCUGAUUGGCCUGAGGGACUGGAUGAUGGCCGUCCUGGCCUUCCCUGUCGGAGCGUUUGUGGUCUUUACAUUCUGGACUCUUUACCUGUACGACAGAGACCUGGUCUACCCCAGACUACUGGACAACUUCAUCCCCCAGUGGCUCAACCACGGCAUGCACACCACCGUUCUUCCCUUCAUCAUCAUCGAGAUGCGGACCACCCAUCAUCGGUAUCCCAGCAGGCCGUGGGGUUUGGCAGCGGUGUGCUGCUUCGGCAUAGGAUACAUCCUCUGGACGUGUUGGGUGCACCAGGUGACCGGCGUGUGGGUGUACCCGGUGCUGGAGCGCAUCACCCCGCUGGCUCGAGUCGCCUUCUUCGGUGCGCUGUCGGUGGUGAUUUGCGUCCUCUACGUUCUCGGAGAAAUCCUCAACAGCUACAUCUGGGACCAGCCGCACACAGAAAAGGUCAAAGGUGAGUGACGGUCUCUCGACUGGGGGGGGGCACUGAAACUGGCCUCGGCGGGACAAAGGAGGACGAGUCGUGCCCCGCCCGCCCGGGACAGCAGAAGAAGGAAAACAAGCGACCUCUCUGGAAGUGGAAAUGACCAGUAACUCUGAACUGUAUCCAUAACAAUAACCACAAAAAAAGACAGAAGCAUCAUCAGUUAAAUGUAAAUAGAGGAAAAGGGCGACAGAUGAAGCCGAGUCAAAACUCAUCUUUUGGUUUUUUGUUUUUUUUGCUUGUCUUCAGUGGCAAAGGUUAAGCAACCAUGUUACAUUUGGCUUUGUUAUGCGGAGGCCAGUGAACGAAACGCACAAAUGCAAAUCUACGCAUACAUACGUGAACACUGAAAUACCAGACACCCACACACACACCCACACAGGCACACAGGUACACACACAAACAGCAUUAGUGAUCUGCUUUUCUGGUACGAACUACUUAACAAAGUGGAUGAAUUCCUUCAUAAGCUACUACGAGACUACUGAAGAUAAUUAUCAUUCAUCUCAUCAGACACUACAAGUCCAUUACAUGUAUGGAAGAAACUAGAUGUAAGAACAUAAUGAAUAAAGUUUGAGUGGAAAACCA